AGAUCAGUUGGAGGGCGCCUGAUAUGCUGAGGAGCGGUAGGCAGCAACAGCAUCAGGCUGGGUGCUUCACGGCACUACUAUACAUGUUCAAAGGCGGUCGUGGUCACCAACAGCCUAGUACGGUGUCGGAGUCGACGAUGGGAGGUGGACAGAGUCGGAUAGAGUUUUCCAAGAAGACCGAGAAUUAUGAUGACGACGACAUUCGGAGUGUUUCUACUGAUUCGAGUUGUCGAUGUCAUUCGAGGUCUUCUAUCUUGGGAGAAAGACCAUUGAGGAUGGUCACUUUCAGAGAGGUCGUCAAUAUGAUUGAAUACAGCCCGGCUGAUACGGUGGAAGGGGUAGAUAAAGGUACCCAGCGAGCCGUGCCUCUGAGGAGCUGUACGCGUAACACGAGACCAGUGAAGCGCGCACUCCAAGGACGGUAUCAAACCCAUGCCGUGUUGAGAGGUCGUCGCUAUCCAGAAGCUACUAGGCGUAAGUGUGUUGAUGCUACACUGAGGCCUUUGAACUGUCUUGAGGUGGCUUCCUUGAGAAGAAGUCGAAGUAUGGUAUCAGACGCCAUUGAAAGGAAGGCUUGCUGUGUGGUGAACUAAACAACGCAGGAGUUCUCUUCAUAGUCCUUUGUACACAGUUUAUAUGACUAUUUGGGUAUCUAUGCUGUUGGUGUUUACUCCCACAUUAUAAAGUUUCCCAGUGUUAUGGUCACCAAAUGAGCCGCUGAGGUGUUGUUUCCUUUGUCCCACAGUACGGCAUGUGGCUUUGACAACUGAGGAGGAGCAAUUAAAGUGUUGGUCUUUACAUCGUCUCUCUCUAUUGUAUAGUGGUGGUUUACUAAGAAGCGUCACUCCUUCCCCUUGGUCGUUUGGGUAUAAUGCUCAGGGCCUUGCCGACAGGGAUCUCUCUCAGAUGGUGUUGUUGUUGUUAGGCCAACAUUCAUCAUCAGAUUUUCCUGGAGUGAGCUUCUUUGUAACCUACACAGACUUUUCAAAUCAACUAUCUCAUUGGGCGCGUCGAGUGCCCUUAUCGAUCUGUGCUAAUUUUGCAUUGACUUUAGGUGAGUGCUUGUGCGUCGUAUGUGACGCUACUUUUUACUUCACCGCAAGGCAUCUGUCGUCGUUCGGGAAGUGUAGUCCAACACGAGCGUUCAAUCGUGAUGCCCU